UAUCAUGUUUUAACUAUGAGUUGCUUCAUUUAGUCAGAUUCCCUUUGGGAGAAAGUAUUCCUCGGAAAGUAGAAGCCAUCGCUGAGUCUCUCCUCUGUUCUCUUCGUUCACAGACGUCUGCACAGACAAGCUUUUGUUGGGUCUAAGGAUCCAAACCAGUGGACGCACUCCCCCAGAAAUACUCACAGACAGCAGAUUCAUUGUAAUAACAUAAAGUGUAUUGAGGAUAAGAUGAUACCAGUAUCCUUCUUGUCUCCUCUGAGCAGUUACAGGAACAUGGAAGUGACAACCAGAUUGACAUGGAUAGAAGAAAAGAUUCUGGAAAGGCUUCUUGGGAACGCAUCUUUGACCCUUCUUUAUCAGUCUAGUGUUCAUAAACAUUGCUCUGUCGAGAUGACUAACAAAUGUUCUCUUCAGGGAUCCACAAUGACAGUAUUUCUGAAGGAAGAUGUGAUUGUGGGUGUUUUUAUGCUGGAGGAUUUUCCCAGUUUAGACUCUGAAAAGCCAUGUACUUGUACUUGGUUUUCAUUAAAAAGGAAUAAUAACUAUGGAAUAUCAGCUUUAUUUUUGAACACACGAGUAACACUUGAUUCUACAAGUCUGCGUAUGUUCUCACCCAAAAGUUUGUCACUCACUUUGAAUUUUAGAGAAUACAGCAGACUUUAUCUAAAUGAUGCAACAAUAAAGGAACUAGAACUGAAUCCUAACUAUAAGCCUGAAUAUUGGGCAUGUGAAAUUUUUCGAGUCGAUGGCAUCAAGAAAAAUCCAGGCUUCAUAAAGAAGAUGGUGACCGCCAAAGAGCACCGAGGAAAACUACUCUCUGCUCUCAAAGCCUACAGGCCUUACGAGGACUUGGUUUCAGAAGUUUGCAUUCUCUUGGUGGGCCCAGUAGGUUCAGGAAAGUCCAGCUUUAUCAACUCAGUGAAGUCUGCUUUCCAAGGUCACCUAACUCGUCAAGCCAUUGUAGGGUCUGACGAAAGCAGCAUCACCAAGCAGUACAGGGUUUAUUCUAUUAAAGAUGGAAAAAGCGGGGAAACACUCCCAUUUAUGCUGUGUGACUCAAUGGGGCUAGAGGAAGGGGAGGAAGCAGGGCUGUGCAUGGAUGACAUUCCUCACAUCUUAAAAGGCUGUGUACCAGACAGGUAUCAGGUAAGAUGUCCUCCAUCCCAAGACGGUGUAAAUUGUUUCAUUGCUUUUUACUCCACAAGACCAUUUGGGCUGCCACAUGUGAUUCCAACAUUAGUACUACCCCACUUUAUGAGUGUGUGUGUCUGUGUGUGUGUGUCUGUGUGUGUGUGUCUGUGUGUGUGUGUCUGUGUGUGUGUCUGUGUGUGUGUGUCUCUGUGUGUGUCUGUGUGUGUGUGUCUACUCAUGAGAGAAAAGUAAAGAGAUGGUCCUCAUGUUCUGUGCCAUUGAGAAAUAAAACUAAAAGGCAGGAAUCGACGUAUCUAAAUUCCAGGAGAGGUUCACAGGAUGGUUCUGUUUGCAUGGCUCUUUUCAUAAUGUCAACCAUGAGAAGAAGUCAUUUAAGUAGUUAAACCAGUGGUAGUUUAAUUGUCUGUAUGUUUAAGUGUAGAGAAGAUGUUAGUUUCACCCUUUGUUGAGGUAUGCCAUAAGAGUGGGGCAAUACUACCUCAUGCCAGGAUCUGUAUAAGUGGGUAGCCGUGAAGGAAGUUACGUAAUGGUUUUUCUAAGCCUUAGAUUUUAAAUGUAUGAAAUUUAAGAAUGUCAUGGCCCAUGUCCUAGAACAUCUGAGAACAAUAGUAAUACAUUGUAAGUGCUUAUAGAGUUAACCGUUUAGUGCCUUACUUUUAGGUGUGGAAUAUAGUGGAAUCGGCUUCCAUUUCUAGACACUGGUUCUUUUUUUCCCUCUCAGUUGAGCUUCAUUAAAAAGCUUGAUUAUGUGAUCCUUCAUUCAUUUAAAAUUAUUUAUUAAAAAUAUAAUUUGUUCUAGAUACGAAAAGAAUCACUGAAAAAAAUUCACAGUUAAAAGCACAGGCAUUAUUUUCGAGAGACUCACAGUCUAGUUAGGUCAAGGAAUUACAAAAUUACAGGGAGGGAAAAAAAAAGCAGAAAGAUGGGAGAGUCAUAUCACUAAGGCCCUCAGGUUUCAUAGCAAGGAGCAAGUAAAUUCAGUCCAACAUUGAACACACACACACACGCACACACACACAGUACAUACUUAAAUGUUUCUAUAUUUUGCAAUCUAUCUUGAUUGUGGUAAGGACAUGCUAACUUGGAAGUUGAUAUUUCUUUCAUUUUACUUCACCUUAUUUUGCCUUGAAAAAAAUAAGAAGGUCUCCUAGUCUUUAAAUUUAAAUGUCAUUCAUUCUGUCCUCUCUGUCUGCCCCUUUCCAUCCAUGAGUCCAUUUAAGUGUGCAAAAUUCUCAAAGAGGAACCUUAAAUGAUGCUUAGCAAAAUCUUAAUGGUAUUUGCUUCUGGAUACUGGAGAUUUGAGUUGAAUUUUAAAAGUAUUCUUUGCAUUUUCCUUUAAUGAUUACAGUGGUUAGUUAACAAUUUUACCGUAACAAUAAAGCCAGCUGUCUGUGAGAAAGCUCUGCUGAGUGAGAUUUUGGUACCUAUGCUUAGAGGAAGGUUUUCCUAAGCAAUCAGGGAAGAAGACUGGGGAAAGAGGAGAUGGAGUGGCUGUGCUUUCUGCUGUACAAAUUAAGCAGAGGCUCUGCAAAGUGAGUAUCAACUUCUGUUUCUGUACAGUUCAACCCAUGUAAGCCUAUUAAGCCGAAGCACUUCACUUCCGCCGCCUCUGCACCUCUGAAGGGCAGGAUUCACUGCGUGGCUUUUGUCCUAGACAUCAGAUCUGUUAAUACACUCUCUGAUAAAAUGGUGGCCAAGCUGAAAAAGAUCCGCAAAGAUGUAGUAGACUGUGGUAAAUCUCGUUGUAUAAAUGAUUACAAUUUCCUAGGGAGUUACAAAGGAAGUAGUGAAGAGCCAUAUGCUCUGUAACCUUUGGCAAAUGUCCUGAGCCCCAAGUCGGUGGCAAGCAGAGAUUGGACCACUGAAAAACUUGUCUAGCCCUCAUAACUGAAGGCCUAGGCUGCCUAUAGGUUUCAUUUGUAUAAUCCUCUUGUGGUUUUUUUUUGUUUUGUUUUAUGUUUUUUUUUUAACUAAAAUAGCUUACCAUUUUAUUUUCAUGUUUCACAAUGUAAGUGAAAACUGCCCCUUUUGUAUCACUUCUCCCUCCAAAAGUAUUCUCUCUGUUAGGAAGGAAGUUCCUUGACAUGCAUCUAGUAAACACUCCCGGUCAGCACUAAGAUCUCCUGGUGAAACAGAACAAGAAAUACAAAAUGAUGAAGAGUGCUUCCGCUUUUAUCUGUCUGGCAGGGUCAUGCCGGGCCGCGUGGGCACCAUCAUAGGGCGGGCAGGGGGUCUCAUCAUGGGAGGCUCAGACAUCAUGGGCAGGUGGCCUCCCAUGGGUGGUCUCAUCCCAGGAACAUCAUCCCAAAAAGAGAGGAGCCCAUCAUUGGCAUCAUGGGAGGGCCUCCCAUGUGGGGUGCAGGCAUCAUGCCAGGCUGAGAAAGACCCUGGAGAUUUGGAGGAGGUGGGAUCAUAGCUCCUGCAGGCGGAGGAACAGAGAAUGGAGCCGGAGGGAUCUUUCCUUGUUGAAACGCAGCCGUUGUUUUGUCAGUCAGGCUCUGGGCCUGCUCUUCCAUCCAUUUAUGGUAAUAGUCUUUUACAUUCUCUUUGUGUUUCCGACCACAGCCACUGCAGUGUGUCUUCCUCACAGACGGAGAAUGGUGGGAUAUGUAACACAGUAGUCACAAUAAGACUUAGGUAUGAUGCGCACAGGCUACCCGGGUCCCGACUUGUGGUUUUUAAAGGGACUCACCUUCUCACAGGAAUUAGCUAAUAAGAUUAAAACCAGGAAGCUGGAACUGUUACACUGUUUUAUCACUUAGCAAUUCAUGAAUACAUAGCUAUGUCUACAACCCAGGAUACACAGAAACAUCUCAUCCCUACAAAGAUUACACUCUGACCGUUCACCAUCCUUAACUACUGUGACCACAUCUUUAUGGUUAUGUCUUCAUUUGAGAAUAUUGUAUAAAUAGAAUAAUUCAUAGGCCACAUUUUUGAGAAUGGCUGUUUUAACUUAGCCUAACUAAUGGCCUUUCAAGUCCAUGUCAGACCUUCUUCUAUGUAGUGACUGUUUUACUCUUUGCUUGUUGAGUAAUAUUCCCUGGUAUAGGUAUACCAGGAUGUGUUUACCCAUUGUCUAGGUUUUAGAUAUUACAAAAAAUGUUUCUGAACAUUAGUGCUUUAGGUUUUUUUUUUUUUUUCCUAGGGAGCGUAGUUCCCUAAGGGUAAGACUUCCAUGUCAUGAAAAAAGUAUAUAUUAAUUUAAAAAAAAUCACCAAAAUGCUAAACAGAGAAAUGACACCAUGUUACUUUCUAAUUAGGGCUUUAUGUCCAAUCCAGGUUUUCUGUAUUCAUUUUAAAAUUUGAUAUUGUUGUUGUCAUUAUUAAAAAUUAACAUCUGUAAUAGUUAUAUAAAAAUAUAUUAUCACAGUCUUGAUUUGCUUUACCUAAUCGACUCUUUAGUUCAAUAGUGCACUAGCCAUAUUUCUCACUUUAAGAGCAAACCAGGUUUUCAGAUUUACUGUGAGUUUAGAUAGAUCUCAAAAUAAGCUCUCCUGUUGGGAGGAAAUAAGCUUUGGAAGAGGUCUUGCUCAUUACUGAGAUUAUUGGGAACAGUUCACAUCCAACUUUUCAGAGAACAGUGUUUAUACAUACAUUUACAAACUAUCUUGCCACAUUCCUAUAAUAAUGACGUCUGUUUGACUCAGGUAUAGGACAUGUAGCCUUGCUUACAAAUGUGAAGGACUAUGAUGAAGUUCUUGAUGACAAUUUUGCAAACAUGGCGGAAAGUGUGACUUCUCUAAGCCAGGUAAAACAUGGUACUUAUAACCAGAUGAUACAGGGAUAGAGUCAAAGCUAUAUGCUCGAUCACUGUCUUCUCUCUGUCCCCAAGUUUACUGUCUGUGCGUGUGCGUGCAUUUGUGUGCGCACACAUGAUUGUUCAUAUGUGAAAUGAGAAUUAGGUCAAGUGUGUUUGAAGCCUUGAGUUCAGUCAUUAGUACAAAUAACUGGAUUAGUUGCUCAGUUCAGUCCAGCUUAUAUUUUGCUUUACAACCAUAAUUAUCCAUAUUAUAAUUCCGUUAUGAAGAGGAUUUAUCAAUCCAUUACCAUUUCAGUUUCUACCAUUAGUUUACUUAAUAUUCCGUUAAAUUUCUAGUAUGUUCUUCAUAUGUAUACAUAUGUAUGCUUCAUGAAUAUAUUUUUUUACAUAAAAUGUAUCUUAAAAACAUUUUCCACAGGUACAGAAUGUUCAAAACAUGCUGAAUAUUCCUGUAGCUAACAUCUUGAUGGUCAGCAAUUAUGCUUCAGAGCGAAGCUUGGAGCCUAUUAAGGACGUUCUGAUCUUUGCUGCA